ACUACCGGAAGCGCCGCGGCGCGACAUCCGGGGCAGGGCGGCAACGCCCUCGGCAAGGGGAGGGACGCUCUGCUAUAUCCUCUCAGUGGUUGCCAGUGGGUAGAUUGGACCGUUGGGCCGGAAGUUGAGGGUCCGGAAGUCCCUUGGGCCGCUCUGCCCGCCGCCGCCUCUAUGGCUUCCUGUCAGACUCGACCGGCGGCGGAGGAUGAGGCUGGCGGUGGCGGCGGCGGUGCUGCUGCUGGUCCUCGGGCCGGGCGAGGCGGGCGAAGCGGGCGAGGGUGGCGCGGUGACUUGCGGCUCGGUGGUGAAGCUGCUCAAUCCGCGUCACGGCGUCCGCCUCCAUUCGCACGACGUCCGAUACGGAUCCGGCAGUGGGCAGCAGUCUGUGACCGGAGUCACGAGUGUGGACGACAGCAACAGCUACUGGCGUGUGCGGGGCAAGUCGUCCAGCGUUUGCGAGAGAGGCACCCCGGUGCAAUGCGGGCAGACGAUCCGCUUGACCCACAUCAACACAGGCCGCAACCUGCACAGCCACCAUUUCACCUCUCCCCUUUCGGGCAACCAGGAGGUGAGUGCCUUUGGGGAGGACGGUGAGGGGGACUUCCUGGACGACUGGACUGUCCUGUGCAACGGCAAGUAUUGGGAGAGGAAGGGCGAGGUGCGGUUCAAGCACGCCUCCACCGAAGUGCUUCUUUCGGUCACCGGGGAGCAGUACGGGCGGCCCAUCCACGGCCAGAGGGAAGUUCACGGCCUGGCCCACUCCGGCCAGGACAGCUUCUGGAAAACCAUGGAAGGGAUCUUCGUGAAGCCUGCGGAAUGGCUCAAGGCCGACCUCUACCACAUGGAACUAUGACCACCGCUUGAGGCCGUCCAGCAGGUAGAGACUUUCCCAGGCUGCGCUUGGGGGAGCCAGAUGUGGGCGCGGCAGACGCUGCUUGGCUGCCGAGAGGGGCUCUUUCCCACCCCCUGUGAAGGAGAGGCGCCUUUCUGCUCUCGGGACCUGGCCCACUGCUGACUGCUCAAUCCUGGGUGAUGUGGGGAGGGAUGUCUGGGGAUGUCAGGGCCGUAAAUAAAGCGUGGAUAUGCAGACA